AUGGAGGAGCCCACGAAUGACUGAUUGGGGUGUUUUCCUUUUCCCUUUUUUUUUUCUUCGCGAUUCGGAAGCCCUCACCCGCAUUAUUGCCGGGCCAAAGCACCGCCGUCGCUGACGGGACAACGCACAGCGAACCAGCCAUUGCCACUCUCCCCAACGCGCGUUUCAUGCCUCACUGUGCGAGUGUAGUUGCUAGAUAGGGAGCAGCACCAUGCAUCUCUCCCAAGCAUGUGGAAGCCACCCUUACGCCGCAGUAUCGCCAGGACCCGUCGCCGCCCUCGCCCUUUGGCUGCCCCGCGGCCGAUAGCAUGGAACCCGGCCACGACGACGACCACGACCACAACGACGACGACGACGGCCAGACCGUUCCACGACUACUUCGUCACGCACCUGCCCUCGUCGAGUCUGCACCCGGAUUCGAGAUCGGCUGGCGGCCCGUCGCAUAAGCUUCCCAGACACGAGGCGAGUCCGCACGACCCCAAGGAUGCGAACAGGACGCCCGCGCAGCCGCCCAUGGUGGGCGUGUCGCGGGACAUGACGGUGGUGCGCAUACCGCUGAAGAGUGCAAAGCACCACUUCGGGGCGUCGUGGUCCAGAGGACAGCGGCCGUACAACGAGGACGCCUACCAGGCCGGGACGAUCGAGAUACCGGCGUUUGCGAAACGACAGCCGCUCUCUCUGCAGCGCAACCCGAAGAAGGACGCCGUCGGGGGCGACAGCGCGUCGGGCGACCCGCAGGUCUUCUACUUUGGCGUCUUCGAUGGGCACGGCGGCAGCGAGUGCAGCGAGUAUCUGCGGGACAACCUGCACAGGUUCAUCGAGGAGGGGGCGAAGGAGUUUGGGCUCAAGACCACGCUUCGGAGGAAGAAGGGCGAGAUCACCAGGUUUGGGCAGUCGAGCCUGGAGGACGCCAAGGACGGGUCGAACACAGCAGCACGGGCGGACAACAACAAGGCUCUGGCGAGCGCGGUCACGAAGGGGGACGGGACGGGCGGGAGGACGGAGCCUCCGGAGGACGACAAGGCACCGGCGGUUCAGUGCAGCGAUCAGAAGAAGGCGGAGGAGCUCGAGCGGCAGAUCAUGAAACAGUGGAAGGAACUUGUGGGGGGCUACUUUCGCCGCUUCAAGCCCGAGUUCUUCUCCGUCAACGCGGGCGGGCAAGGCCACGUGCUGGAGAAGGAGGCGGUGGGCAACAAGCCGCUCGACAGGGCCCAGAGGGACGAGGGCUGCCGGGGCGUCGGCAUCGAGACGGUGCUGGAGUACUCGUUCCUGCGCGCCGACUACGAGUUCGUCUACGCGCAGGUGAGCAAGGACGAGUCGGACGCGGUCAAGGCGGACGGGGCCAUCAACCAGCACGAGAUCCUGGGCAAGCCGUCGCGGCUGAGCAGGCAGAUUGGCGGGCCCAAACGCUUCAAGGGCGGCAGCACGUGCAGCGUCGCGCUCAUCUCGACGCCGACGCCGAUGCCGUACUGGCACCCCGCCUCGCCGGCGACGCUGAUCACGUCUCACGUGGGCGACACGCGGAUCCUGCUGUGCGAGACGGCGACGGGGCUGGCGGUGCCGACGACGUCGAACCACCACCCGAACCACCCGAAGGAAGCGGAGCGGAUGCGGCGGUACGCGGCCACGUUCGUCACCGACUCGUUCGGCGAGGAGCGCGUGGCCGGGCUGGCCAACACGCGCUCGUUUGGCGACAUGGCGUCGAAGCGCAUCGGCGUGUCGGCCGAGCCGGAGAUCACGCGCAUCGAGAUGGCGCCGGCCGAGUACGCGUUCAUGGUGCUGGUGUCGGACGGCAUCUCCGGCACGCUGGGCGACCAGGAGAUUGUCGACAUCGUCAAGGAGGCGAAGACGCCCGAGCAGGGCGCCAAGGACGUCGUCAGCUUCGCGACGGAGGUCAGCACCGAGGGCGACAACGCCACGUGCAUGGUCGUGCGCAUGGGCGGCUGGGAGCGGCGCAGCGAGGGCGGCCUGGGCAGUCUGGGGACGAAGGAGAUGAGGGAGUUCAGGAGACAGGAGGCGCAGGAUCCGAGGACCAGGCUCCGAUGAGGCGUGCUGCACGCCCGUGCGGAGGGCUCCAACUCCGUCGUGGUCCUUCUGGGCACAACUGUCUCGUUCUCUCUCUCUCUCUCUCUCUCUCUCUCUUUCUCACUCUCUCUC